UCUAGUCGGAAGGUCUCUCAGAAGCCUACAAAAGGUACCGUUGGGGGACAGCAGAGCCUUUUUUACUUACCAGAAAACUCCACAGAAAUCGUCAUUGGAAGCUUCUAAUAAGCAGAGAGAGAGAUGGCGGGAGACACAGGUAGGAGGAAGAUCAAACUUUUCUGUCCCUCGGUAUCCAAGAUUGUGGAGUGGGUUGCUUGGAACGACCAGAAACUAGACUUUAGAGCCAUAGCCGCAGCGUUUGGGCUCGAACCAUCGACGGUGAAGCUCAAUGGUCACUUCAUAAGCAGAGGUAUUGAUCUAAUGGCCACUUGUGUGACGUGGCAGUCUUUGCUCGCUUUCUUCUCCGCUAAAGGUUUGUCUACUGGAAAACACGAAGCCGAUGCUCUUCUCGUCCACGGCAAGCUCUCUAAACUCGGUUCCAAAAGAGCACACUCUGAUCCUCAGGAGGACUUAUUAACCUGCGAUGAUGAUCUUGGUCUAAUCAAAACGAAGAAGUUCAAACAUAAGUGUUCAGUUGGAGAAUCUCUGAGCUCUGAAUGUAACAAGAGAAAGCUAUUAUUGUCUGAAGAUUCACACUCACACAAGAAACUAAAACUCAACAGGGAUGUUAGCUUUGGAGGGAGCGUAUCUAAAACGUCGUUGAAGUGCAGUUUCAUUAGUGAUAAUGGUCUCAAGAGGAGAAGAGAAGAUGAUAUGAUUGCUUCUGCAUCUUGUAAGAAGAUAAGAUGAGAAGGACAAUGUAGAAAUUGAGCAGCCUGUGUAUGUAAUAGUUUUUGUCUCUAAACGAGAAUGCAAAAUUCUAAUACAACUCUAAGAGCAAAUCUUACACGGUCCAAAAUUACCUUGUCGAUACACAUAUGGUACAACUGGUUCUUUUUUCUCUUGUAAAGAUUUGAUUAAGCCUA